CAAAUUUGAUUGAGGAGUUUUAAGUAAAAUUUUGAAACAAAUUUAGUAACCUCAACCAAUUUUAAAUUUUGAUAUUCAAAAUUUUCAUUAUGACACGUAUAUUUGAUAGAUGGAGUACAAUAUUUAUGUUUGUCCCUUUUAUAUUAUUGUCAGAGCAGUUUCGUUUUCAAUUUCUCUUCCCUCUUGUCUCCUUUUUGUUGAACGCAGAAAGGAGAACAAACAGAUAAAUUUAUUAUUUCUUCAAUUCAUUUUUCUAUGCUUCUUGUUCUGAAUAUUAAUUUCUUGUUAAUUCUUAGCCUUCUCUCUUUUUUCCUUCUAUAAUUGAAGGAAAAUUUCAGAAACUUUCUUUGUUUCUGAUUUAAAAAAAAAAGAGGAGGAACAACAAUUUUUUUUUUUUUAAUUUUAAGUUUGAAAGAGAAUUUCUAUUUAAGAUUUGGAUAAAUUGAAAAAGGGAAGAGAUGAACGUGAUGCGUCGCCUUAAGAGCAUUGCUUCUGGACAAUCGUCCAUUUCCGAUCCUGGAGGGGAUUUUAGCCUAAAGAGACCGAAGGUUGAUCAAGAAGUAGAUCACAGGGUUGAUAUUGAAAUUCAAUUGGAAGAGCAGUGUCCUAUAACGCUAAAUGAUGAUGUGGCUUCUACAUCUGAAGGAAGUGCUUCAAGUACAUUAACUGUCGAUACUAGGCAAGAAAAAUCUGGAUGUAAGGAGCUUCCAAAAGAAAUGAGUGGAAUGAAAAUUAGAGGCAAAAUCUCUGAUGACCAUGAGGAUAUGGAACCUACUGUUGUUAGCGGUAAUGGAACAGAAACAGGCCAGAUAAUUGUGACUACUCUGAGUGGUCGAAAGGGAAAGAAGAAACAGACGCUGUCUUACAUGGCUGAACGUGUGGUGGGUACGGGAUCAUUCGGAGUUGUAUUUCAGGCUAAGUGCCUUGAAACAGGUGAAUCUGUGGCAAUAAAGAAGGUCUUGGAGGACAGGAGAUACAAGAACAGGGAACUGCAGAUUAUGCGCAUGCUUGAUCAUCCUAAUGCUGUUCACCUGAGACACUGUUUCUAUUCUACUACUGAGAAGAAUGAGGUUUACCUUAACCUUGUUCUGGAGUACGUAUCUGAAACCGUGUACCGAGUUUCAAGGCACUACAGCAGAGUGAACCAUCACAUGCCAAUCAUAUUUAUUCAACUAUACAUGUACCAGCUAUGUCGGGCUUUGAAUUACAUGCACAAUGUAAUUGGGGUAUGUCACCGUGAUAUUAAACCUCAGAAUCUUUUGGUUAAUCCACACACCCAUCAGUUAAAGAUCUGUGAUUUUGGAAGUGCAAAGAUGCUGGUGCCUGGGGAGCCCAAUAUAGCCUACAUUUGUUCGCGGUAUUAUAGAGCACCUGAAUUGAUCUUUGGGGCUACAGAGUACACAACUGCAAUUGAUAUGUGGUCAGCUGGUUGCGUUUUCGCUGAAUUACUUUUGGGACAGCCUCUUUUCCCUGGAGAAAGUGGCGUUGAUCAGCUGGUGGAGAUAAUCAAGAUUUUGGGAACACCAACUAGAGAGGAAAUUAGGUGCAUGAAUCCAAGCUAUAAGGAGUUCAAGUUUCCUCAAAUCAAAGCUCACCCGUGGUACAAGAUAUUUCACCGAAGAAUACCUCCUGAAGCAGUGGAUCUGGCGUCAAGGCUCCUCCAGUAUUCUCCAACUUUGCGCUGUACUUCUUUAGAGGCAUGUGCACACCCUUUCUUUGAUGCUCUGAGGGAUCCAAAUGCAUGCUUACCAAAUGGACGACCUUUCCCACCUCUAUUCAACUUUACACCUCAAGAACUUUCUGGUGCACCUACUGAACUGCGACAACGCCUCAUUCCUGAGCACACGAGGAAAUGAAUUUUGUGUUAAGGAACAUCUCUUAGGCAUUACAAAAAUGAGUUUUUGAGGGGUCGGUCUGUUGUCCAUGUGAUGAGCAGUGUUCUACAGCAUCAAAUGCAAGCUAUGUUCUAGGCCAGCCUUGGUGGAAUAUCUUAUAUUCCAAGGCAAGGAUGGUGGUGAUCAGAGUUAGGUCCAUCACUGCAAUUCUUUUAUUUAUUAAAUUGAUGUGUUAGUAAAGAAUGCCCUAGGCAGUUCUAGAUGAGUUCACAUCUAUUAAUUCUUUUUUGUUACUACAAACAUGUAGUUUGUGGGCAUUCAGAAGAUCAGUAGGUUCUUCCAUACAGGAUUACUAGUUGAAGUGCGUGUUUAUUUUUGUGUCAUUUUUUAUUUCUUCCACUUGCCCUAUAGAAAUGUGAAAUUCAUUACUGUACCUAACGGCUCUUUAAAACUACUUCAAUAGUCUCAGUA